AUCAACUUAAGAGCUUGUAUUGUGAUUGGGAAAUCAUUAGAUAUAUCUAUCAUCCUUAUAGCCUAUUAAGUUUGCUUUGUGUUUUUAUCUUGCACACUGAUGCUUCCGUAUUGUUGUCAGCUUCACUUGGAUAUAGCAUAAGUUUACCUUUUUGUCUGGCUUAUAAUUAGUUCCCAUUUCAUAGCAAUUAAAGACAAUUGAUUUGUAAUACUUAAAGAAUCAUGCUCGCUCAAAGGUAAGCUUAUCUAUUGUCUUUACUCCAUAAAAACAUAUGGUUUACUCAAUAUUUAAUCACUAAUUGAUUUUAAAUGUGUUUGAGUGGUAUAGGUCAUGAAGACGAUAAUGGUAUGAUAAGCGCACAAGCAUUGGGCAUUUUCCUUUGGUCCUUAAUCCAGUGGUGGAUCCAACGAGAUCAACUGUGAGGGGAUCUUAAAUAUAAAAUGCCACAUAGGACUCGGCCUAUGGCAGCACUUUUGGUGUUUACUGGACUCAAUGUUGUUCUGGUGCAAACUAUAACUCCUGUCUAUGAUUUUGUCUGCUUCCUUCCAUACUGGGAACGAAGAAGAGAACAAAGGCGUCAGGAUCGUGAUGCUGCUUUAGCUAAAGGUUCUGGAGCGACAUAAACUGGAUCACGGAUCAGAAUGAAUUGGGAACAGGUUUUUCAACAAGCAUCUCUUAAGUUUUUGGGAAGAUGCAGUUUCACCCUUAAUUUGGCAAAAGAAACGGACCACUCGCCAAAGGACUCUAGAGAAAUGGAAGCAAAGUACAAGUCUUUGCAUAUGUGUCUCUUUCAACUAUAGAUCAUACAUUGUCAUUUUUUGAAAUGUGAUAGCAAAGAUGUGUCUCGAAUGUAAUGUUUCUCAUGAAAAACUGCAACAUCAGGUUAUUGUAUAAUAUUGCUGUCUUUGUGUGGGUCGUAUGGAGUAGCAGCAGUAAACCAAAGUGGGUUUGCCCUUGAGGUUGGAAUCGAGUAUCACCAACUGCAUAGUGGUUUCAUUCAUCUAUCGUCAAUUUUCUAGUGUUUUAAAAACCGGCCCGGCC